AUGGAAUCUAUGUCCAAUAACCAGCCGCCAAUCAAUAUUAUCUCAGGAAUGCUUGAACAAACGACCCUAGCAAACAAUAGUAUACAAGCUGAUGACAUUGAAUCUAUAAUCAUUAUACAUUAUUGCAAACAAAAAUUUUCAUACUGGACGUUUAAACCCCACUCACAAGAAUUCCUCCUGGAAAUUGGUACUGUAAAGAGUGUAAAAGCGGGAAUUCAAAGAAAUCGAAACGAUACUUCAGAUUCCGACGAUGAAGACAGUCAAAGUAUAAAAGAAAAAGAUAACAAAUGUAAAAAAGAGACUUUAUCAGAUCCUUUAGAUAUUAUUGCUAUAUAA